UUUACGUUAUCAAUUGCAGGAUGGAGUCAUGCAAACGCAUGAUGAGGAAACACGUCGUUUUUUCAAGCAUUCAUCUGUGCAAGUACUUCUUUGUCCCCGCAUGGCUGGAAAACGACAUAGUUGGGCCAAACAAAAGGAAGUUGGAACAAUCUAUACGCACCACCAGAAAACGGUGAUAGUAGAUGCCGAUGCUGGAAAUAAUAGAAGGAAAAUCAUAGCUUUUGUUGGUGGCCUUGAUUUAUGUGACGGGCGAUAUGACAAUCCACACCAUCCUCUGUUUAGGUCAUUGGAAACACUACAUAAAGAUGAUUAUCACAACCCUACCUUUACGGGAAGUACUGCUGGUUGCCCAAGAGAACCAUGGCAUGACUUGCACUCUAGAAUUGAUGGUCCAGCAGCAUAUGAUGUUUUAACCAACUUUGAGGAGCGUUGGCUAAAGGCUGCAAAACCACAAGGGAUCAAAAAGCUGAAAUUGUCAUAUGAUGAUUCUUUGCUCAAGCUGGACAGAAUUCCAGAUAUCAUAAGUGCAGCUGAUGCUCUUUCUAUGGAUACAAAUGAUCCUGAAGGUUGGCAUGUUCAGAUCUUUCGUUCAAUUGAUUCUAAUUCAGUAAGAGGCUUCCCAAAGGAUCCUAAGGAUGCCACAAGCAAGAAUCUAGUGUGUGGUAAAAAUGUACUCAUUGACAUGAGCAUACAUACCGCAUAUGUGAAGGCUAUUCGUUCUGCUCAACACUUCAUUUAUAUAGAGAAUCAAUAUUUUAUUGGGUCCUCAUAUAAUUGGAGUUCAUAUAAAGACUUGGGUGCUAACAAUUUGAUUCCUAUGGAAAUCGCUCUCAAGAUUUCCGAUAAAAUCAGAGCGAAUGAGAGAUUUGCUGCAUAUAUAGUUGUUCCAAUGUGGCCUGAAGGUGCUCCAACUGGUGCUGCUACACAAAGGAUUUUAUUUUGGCAGCACAAAACUAUGCAAAUGAUGUAUGAGACAAUCUACAAGGCUCUAGUGGAGGUUGGGCUUGAAGGUGCAUCUUCACCGCAAGAUUACUUGAACUUUUUUUGUCUUGGCAAUCGAGAGGCUAUGGAUGGGAGUGAAGUUAGAACUACGGGAAGUCCUGCUGCAAAUACCCCCGAGACCCUUAGUCGAAAGAGCCGUCGGUUCAUGAUUUAUGUUCAUUCUAAAGGAAUGAUUGUUGAUGAUGAAUAUGUACUAUUGGGAUCUGCAAAUAUCAAUCAGCGAUCUAUGGAAGGCACAAGAGACACAGAAAUCGCAAUGGGAGCCUACCAACCCCGAUAUACAUGGGCAAGAAAAUUAUCAAACCCAUAUGGACAGAUCUAUGGAUAUAGGAUGUCGCUAUGGGCAGAACAUCUUGGAAUUAUGGAGGAUUGCUUUACACAACCAGCUAGUUUGGAAUGUGUAAGAAGGGUUAGAACACUGGGGGAGAUGAACUGGAAUCAGUUUGUCGCAGAUGAUAUAACGGAAAUGAGGGGUCACCUUAUUAAGUAUCCAGUUGAAGUUGAUCGUAAGGGGAAGGUGAAGCCAAUUCCUGGACAUGAAACAUUCCCAGAUGUAGGAGGAAAUAUAACUGGCUCAUUUUUCGCCAUUCAGGAGAAUCUCACCAUCUGAACAACCGAAAUUACAAGGUAAAUAGAAAGAAAUACAAUUUUGAAGAUAUAUGUUAUAAUGCCGUGGAUAUGAUUGUGUUAAAUCUCUUUCGCAUUGGCAA